AUGCCUUGUCUUAGUGUUCUCAAUUUGUCCUUCACAAAGAUCGAGAGUUUACCAAAUUCCAUCUCUGAACUAAAGAACCUCACAACAUUGUUACUUCAUAGCUGUCGAGAAUUAAGAGAUCUGCCUUGUCUUUCGAGGCUUCAAGAAUUGAAGGAGUUGGAUCUUCGUUGGACUGAAAUUGAGGAAGUCCCUGAAGGCAUAGAUAUGCUGAUAAAGCUAAGAUAUCUUGAUCUUGAAGUGUUCACUCUGAAAGAGAUACCCGCUGGACUUUUACCAAAACUCGUUCACCUUCAGCACUUGAGUUUUGCUGGGAACAAUGAAAAAAUAAGUCUAAAAGCAGAGGAGUUGGAACCAUUGAAGAAGUUGGAGCUCUUUACUGGGUGUUUCGAAGACAUCAGUGAAUUUACUAAGUUCAUCUCCUCAAUGCAACAAAGUAAGAAAAGUCUCAUCAAGUACCAUUUACGGGUGGGCUCAUAUUUAAUUCCUGCGUGGAGGACUCCUGAAAUAGAUAAAAAAGUGGCAAUUGGAGGAAUCGACAAUUGGGAAGGUGAGUUAAUUAUGCACCCAAUUGAAAUUCAAGAGUUGCAUAUUACUGAGUGCGACUAUUUGAGAAGCUUAGUUGAUGACAAUUCUUCCUUCAAAAAUGCGAUUGACUUGAGGGUUUGUAGGAUUUGGGGGUGUACAGGGAUUGAGUGUGUUGUUUCCCUGUCCUCUUGUUCCUCUUCUUCCGCUCAUCCAUUUCAGAGCCUUGAGGUGUUGGAUCUUCAAUUUCUGCCAAUGUUGAGUGCCUUUAUUAUGAAAGAUGAAGGAAUUGGUUCAGCAACAACAUCAUUGGCUCCGUCUGCCACCUUUUCCCAUCUUAAGGAAAUUACGAUAUACAGCUGCUCAAGUAUGAAGACGUUGCUUCCACAUUGGUUGCUUGCAAACCUCCAAAACCUGGAAGAGAUACAUGUGGGUGCUUGUAGUCAGCUAGUAGAAAUAUUGGGAGCAGCAACAUCAGAAGUUGAAGAAAAGGGGUGA